AUGAGUUGGUCAAUAUAUUCAUUCUUUCUGUUCUGUCUCAUAUGGGCAGCCACUGUUGCCGACUGUGCCAUUAAUCUGGAUGGCACGCAGGCCGUUGAUCCAGCUGGUGAUGAUGAUCCGUCACCCAUCAGUGACAUCAACAAUUAUCAUCCUGAUCAGCAUGACUGCCCUCUCGCCUGUACGGACUUCUCCAACGUUCACAGUUGGAUCACCUAUUUCUCUGUCCAACGGCUGCAGCGUUGUCAUGACCCCAUGCUACUGAAGUUCUCUGCUUUACAGCCAUUGGACAGCCUAGAUUCGACGAUUCUGAUCCGUGGCUGCACGCUCACACCAAAGUCGCGAUCUGUCAUCAAGAACACCACAACUGUUGUUGAAAACCCGAAGAAGGAUAAAACCCUUUACGAGGGAGGCAGUCUGAAGACCUCAGCAGCUUGUGUUGAGAGCGGCACGCUAGUCAAGGACAAACUGAGCCUUGGUACUAGCCGGGGUGUUACUCACAACCAGACGGUUGCUACCAACGCUAUCAGUCUUCUCCAAGGAAUGAAGAAGUAUUUCGACGCAAAGGACAACUGCAAUGAAAACUUCUUGUUCGGUUACCACGGUGAAAUUGUCGUCGGGUUAUACAUUGGGGCUGGUCUAGGCAAGUCCACUGCUUCUUCGGCCCUUUACUCCCUUUCCCAGCAUUUGGAAAGCUCGAGUUCCAUUGCAAACCAGACCUUCGUCCAGCUCCACGAUUCAGGACGCAAGGCGAACCGUGUGUUUGGUAUUUUCCUGGACACUACCGGCGACAUCGCCGCCGUUCAGAAAGCCACUAGACAGUGGAGUGAAGGGUCUUCGGCCGUUGGCAAAGACGUCGUGCUUUCGGGAUCACUCUCGAAUGUAAAGGUGUACGACAUAGCUGGAAUCACACACCUUCCAGAUCUCGAUGAGCCAACAUCAAUACCCACUCCUACACCUUCCCCUUCCAACGAGCCCAAGAAGCUUGUAGAAAGACUCGCAGAAUUCAUUGACUCCAGCAUUCUUCGGAAGCGCGCAACCUGCAAGAAUAUCGUGGUUGGUGAUGGUGAUAGCUGCACUACUCUUGCACGUCGUUGUGGUAUUCGAGGUGCCGACUUUGUCAAGUACAAUCCCCAAUCUGGACUCUGUGCUUCUCUCGAGGAAGGAGAUCACGUUUGCUGCUCAGCUGGCGAUCCAUACAAACCUUCGGGUCCCAAGCCUGAAGCAGAUGGAACUUGCGCAACCCACGUCAUUGAGGACGGGGACACUUGCGCUAAGCUAGCCAAGAAGCAUAGCGUCACUGUCAAGGAGUUGGAGAAGUGGAACAAGAACACAUGGGCUUGGACUGACUGCACCGACCUCCUUGUAAGCUACAGCAUGUGCCUCAGCUCAGGAUCACCGCCCAUGCCUUCACCUCAAGAGGGAGCUGCGUGCGGACCUCUGGUACCGGGUACCAAGCGACCAGCCAACAGCUCCAUAUCCCUUGCAGAUCUGAAUCCAUGCCCUUUAAAAGCCUGCUGCAGUAACUGGGGGUUUUGCGGUAUCUUUCCUGACCACUGUGCCAUAAAUGAACCUGACGUGGGUGGCCCUGGAAGCAAGAUGAAAGGCUACCAGAACACAUGUGUAUCCAAUUGUGGGCACAACAUCAGGGAGAACUCUGGUCGCCCGAAGGAGUGGAGUAGAAUUGGAUACUACGAAGCCUGGAACUUUGCGCGCGACUGCUUAUGGCUCAAGGCCAAGAACGCUAACACGGACGGAUCUUACACACAUAUUCACUGGGCUUUUGCCUCUAUCGACCCGCAGACCUGGAAGCCUAUUAUUAAAGAGGGAAAGGACCAGUGGGCUGACUUUAAGAAGCUCUCGGCAAAGCGCAUCGUCUCCUUCGGUGGUUGGGCUGACUCGACAGCUCCAGACAAGUAUGCCAUUAUUCGGAAUGCCAUUAUCACUAAUCGCGAGACCUUUGCCACCAAUCUUGCCAAGUUCGUAAAGGACGAGGGUCUUGAUGGUGUUGAUAUUGAUUGGGAAUACCCUGGUGCUGAGGACAUCAUGGUCGGAGGAUCACCCAUUGGAGCCAAGUCGGAUGGUGUCAACUACUUGCGAUUUCUGACUACGCUGAGGGAGAAACUCGAUUCUGAUAUGUCACUCUCUAUUGCAGCCCCUGCAUCAUAUUGGUACCUCAAGGCCUUCCCAAUUGAUCGUAUCUCGGAAGUCGUGGAUUAUAUCGUCUAUAUGACCUACGACCUGCACGGUCAAUGGGACUACGGCAAUCCCAACGCCUUUGACGAAUGUCCAUCUGGAAAAUGUAUACGAAGUCAUGUCAACAUGACCGAGACCAGACAGGCCCUAUCCAUGAUUACCAAAGCCGGUGUAGCAAACAACAAGAUAUUUGUUGGAGAAUCGAGUUACGGAAGAUCGUUCCGUAUGGCCAAGCCAGAUUGUUGGAAACCUGAGUGCGAGUUCACAGGCUCCAAAGCUGUUUCAGACGCAACCCCUGGGAGAUGUACCAAAGAAGGAGGAUACAUCUCUAAUGCUGAAAUCAAUGAGAUUCUGCUGUCAGGUGGAAGCAAGAAGGCUUUCUAUGACAGUAGCUCUGAGUCGAACAUCUUACUCUACAAAGGCGACUAUAUCAGUUACAUGACAGACAGUGACAAGUUCGUGCGGCGCGUCAUCUGGAAAGACUUCAAUUUCGCUGGCACUAUUGAUUGGGCCGUUGACUUGCAGCAAUUCAGAAACGAAGAUUUUGAUGCGCCCCCAGACAUUCCAGAGUCAGGGACAAAGUGUAGGGGAGGUGAAGACAACAAGGACGAUGGUGGGAACCUGUGCUACUUCGCGUGUCGAUACGGCUUCUGCCCUGAAUCGAUCUGUACCUGUAUUGAAGAAGGGGAGCCUGACAAGUUGCCGUCGGUCAAGAACAGGGACGAGAUCGUGGCAAAUGACCCCUUCGAUGUCGAUUUGAACCGCUUGUGCAAGUUUGCAUGCAAGUACGGCUUUUGUCCCAGCACAGUCUGUAUGCGAAAGCCGUCAAGCACUGCGGAUGACGAGGAUGAAGUUCCCGAAGGCAUCGUCACUGUACCGCCCGACUACGACGAGGACUCGGUCAAGGCCCGAGAUGAGAAUAACAAGAUGUGCUAUAUCUAUCGGGGGCUGAGCGACAGACAAGAUGGUUUGGAAUCAUGCAAGAAGCAAUGCCAAGCUACGCUUGACGAAGCCGAAGAAGAAGGUCGGAUUUCCAAUUACGGCUGUUAUUCCCUAAGACCCCUCGACUCGCCAAUCACCUGGCAGAGGUCACCUUCAACUGGCCUUGAAAUCAUCGGUGGGCAGUGUUCAUGUGACAAUUGGAUAUUGAACGACCUCAUGGACACGAUUAUGGAGGCGCUGCCAGCUAUAUUUCAAACCAUUUGCUACAUCUUCUUCUCCACCAUCAAACUGGUCAUAGAUGUUGGGACAUCGUUCUUCCCACCCGGCCGAGCGCUCACCGCCGGAGCAGACAUGCUUCUAACAGGUGCUGAAAUGAUCAACUGGGUCUAUAAUAAGGAUGAGGAUCCCGCAGGAGCGUUUGAAUGGUGGCUGAGCCCUUGCGGAGGGACCGACCUUGUACCAGAGGAGAUCAAGCAAGCGUAUGACAUUCUCGGUCAGGUUCCCACUGGUCGUAGUAGCUUCAGAGGCCUUAAGAACAUCAAGAAGGGUAGCGGAAAGAAGGGCGACGAGGGGAACCCUACGGAUCGUUCCGCACCUCGGCCAAUUGGCGGUAACAAGAAGCCCCCGGCAGGCGGCAACAAUCCCAAUCCCAAACCGACACCAACACCGACACCGACACCGACACCGACACCGACACCGACGCCAAAACCAAAAUGCAGUGUUCCCAAGGCUUCGCAAACACAACAACUUGGCGCGUUGCACAAUACCCUCCAGCUUCUCGAGUGUGAUGCAAAUGACAAGACGGUGACGACCAUAUAUGUCGUCACAUCCCUGACAUACGCGGCCAAUGCCAAACCUACGGGUGUUACAAGCACUUGUAAGGAAGCUCACACACAGGCUUGCUACCACUACAGCUCAGCAAACGUCAACAAUCCACAUUGGUCGACAUUGACAUGUCCUCAGGAGGCCGCAUCAACAGCACGUGAGCGAGGGGACGGCGUCCCAGCACCCCAGGCAACCAAGGCUUGGAAGGCAGAACACAUAGGCCGCUGGCGACACGCGAGUCUUCGUGACGACCCCCGUUGCGACAUGGACGAAUGGCCUCCUUUCUACCUACUCUCGCCGACAUCUGAUACUUUUCAAAAAUCGGGUGUUGAUAGGACUGGUCAGCGAAUGCGAUGGCUCAACCGCCGCCAGAAUGCAGGAGCUGGCCAUGAAUGGAAAGGUGUCUGUUUUGCUCCCGCUCUUGACGGUAUGACUGUCGACGACUUCUACAAGAUGGUCAAGGAUGGCAAGGAGGGUCCCAAAGCGGUAACUGGCGAUAUCACGAGGUUGAAUGUGGAGGUUGAUGUUGAAGUACGACCGGAGUUCAGCUUUGCUUACGAGUUUGAUGAGCCCGCGUUGGUCGGAAACAAAUUACGAGAUGCGGGAUUGUGGGAUAAUGGAUGUUGGCCAAAGAAGGCGGCCAAGACUGACCCUGGAUUUGUGCUCCUUUCCUUUGACGAGUGGUAUGACAAGAACCCGACAGCGAAGGUGUGGGAUUAUAAAAAGAGAUACAACCCAAAUGCAAAGACGCCAAAUGGCGACAAAUAG